AUGACAACGGCGAACAGUUCAAAUGAAAAUUUUACUAUAGAAGAUUUGGAUUCACUUUUAGACGGACUUACUGAGGAGGAACUCGAUAAAAUUAAUGACUUUGUCGAUCCUGAGAAUACAUAUUUACCAGCGAGUGACCGUUGCAAGUCGCAAACAAAAAAAAGUGCAACAGGUCCCUAUGAUCGCAAUAAACUCUUGACGUUUCUCACCGAACAAGGACAAAAUGAAAAGGAUUGGGAAGAACAAAAACCUUAUGUACCUGGCGAAAAAAAAGGCAAAGUUUGGGAGCCGCCUGCAGUUGUUAAACAAACGACCGAGGAUGAUGAGUUUCUCGCGCCAACCGAAUGGGACGAUGUGUUAACAAAUGCUAGUGAAACAGAGAUCGUCGAACUUGCUGCUAUUUUGGGUUUUACUGGUUUGAUCAAUCAAGUUCAAUAUCAUGCGGCUGUUAUGGAUAAGGUUUCAUCGGUUAAUUCCGGCGGCUGGAAUGCUGCAGCGAAGGCUGAAGCACUACGAAUCGUUCCUCCGGAACCCGAUAAUACAACUGAUGUUGAAGAUUGUAUCAAAAAAGCAUCUGCUAAUGAUAAGGACCUAACCCGUAUUAACAUAAACAAUAUUCGCGAUGUGAAAGCUGAUGUACUAAAAGAUCUACUGAACGCAUUGAAAGAGAAUACGCACGUUGAGGUUCUUGAAAUGGCCAAUGUCGGCAUGACCGAUAUUGCUGGUCGAACUCUUGCUGAGCUCAUCGAAGCAAAUUCAACGUUGAAAACAGUCAAUGCGGAAUCUAAUCGUUUAACAGGUCCAAUCAUUACUGAAAUCGUCCGAAGUACAUUAAAAAACCAGACAGUAAUCGAAUUACGUCUAUCAAAUCAACCAACGAAUCGUUCGCAAAUUCUCGGCAAUCGAGUUGAAAUGGAAGUCGCGGAUGCUAUCGCACAGAAUAACACAAUUCUUCGCUUGAAUUUACACUUCGAUACGCUUGGACCACGAAUCCGUGUCACCGAAAAACUUAAGCAAAAUCUUGAUGCUUUGCGUAAAAAACGUCUUUCAGCUAAACAAGAAACUAAAAACUAA